UUACACCCCGUCAGUUGAUAAUUUGUGUUGGUCAACAACGCAUCGAGAAUAGAGAAAACCUUACCCACUUAUUAUACAUUAACCCACGACUCUCAGCACCAUGUGCAACGCUCUCUGUGAAUGCCUCAAAUGUCCCGGCAAAGUGAUUUGCUGCUGCUGUUCCUGCGCCUGCAAGAUGCUUUUGAGCAUUGUGUUCUCUGCGCUUCUCAUGAUCGUGGUUAUCGGCUUGAUUGUCUACUUCACGGUCUUCUAUCACAAGGAUAAGGGUACGGAGGAAGUGCAGAAUCAGGUCGCUAAGAUGGCUCCCAUUGUGAAGCGCAGCAUACGCGACUACUUUAAUAAGGAAUACUGAUCUGAGGACAUGAAAGUAUACUAUAGGCUAUAUUAAUAAUAAUUCCACGAAAACAAAACUAACCAUAAACCAAAACUGUUCAA